AUUAUCAAUUUCUGGGCCUGGACACAAAAGCGUGAAGCCCAGUCCACAAAAGCCUGAAGCCCAGCCCAUACUAGGCAAGGCAGGCAGCUUAAGCCCAACCCAAAAGCUCUAUUGCAAUCGCUGUCGUCGUCUCCACUGCUUCUCCGCCGCCGCCGUCCUCCUCGAGAAGAAGGGAAUGGCGGGCUCCCUGGACAUGUCCCUCGACGAUCUCAUCACCAAGAACAAGCCCCACCUCCGGCGUGGCCGCGCCCGCCGCAACCAUGAAGGGCGAGGAGGCCCCACGCGCUCAGCCCGCCGCUUCCACUCCCGUGCCGCCGCCGCGCCCUACCACCACCGCCAGCUCAACUUCCACCAACAGGUACAGGCGCCGCCGGCUUACGGAUUCGUCGCCCGGCCGAUGGCCAUGGUGGAGGAGGACGCCCCCACCAGGCUCUACAUCUCCAACCUCGACUACAACGUCUCCAAUGAGGACAUCAAGGAUCUCUUUUCAGAGCUGGGUGAGGUCAUGCGCUACUCCAUUAACUACGACAAGAGUGGAAGAUCAAAGGGAACUGCAGAGGUGGUGUUUUCAACAAGGUCGGCUGCUCGAGCUGCUGUUAACAAGUAUAACAAUGUGCACCUUGAUGGCAAGCCUAUGAAAAUCGAGGUCGUCGGGACAAACAUUGAGGCACCAGCAGCACCUGCCAUCUUUGCUUUCGCCGCACCACCCGCUGGAAACUUCAGUUUCCCUCCCAAAAGUGAAAUUUGCAGUGGAGCUGGAAGGGGCGGCGGCCGAGGAUGGCCUCGCCGCAGAGGUGGGCGCGGCCAUUAGCGUGGGAGGGGGGAGCGUGGCGGCAACCCAGAAGUUUCCGUGGAAGAUCUAGACGCUGACUUGGACAAGUACCACCACUCGGCUGCUGCAAUGCAGAUCAGCUAGCCAGAAUGCGAUGAUGCUUAAUUUAAGGGUUGUUACUAUUAUGUUAUCCAGGUGUGGGCAGAAGAAGGUUAAUUAGCACCUCCAAUAUGAAUUUGCAAUGCAAUAUGCAACCCCAUCGAAUCGAUGGAUCCAUGGUCAUUGGGUGGUGUAGUUGAGAAGAUGUAUGAUGCAUGUUUAUGUGCUAAUAUUGUAGUAGCAGUUGCUAGAGUGAGUGCUGAGUUGAGAUGGUAUUUUUCUGAUGAUGUUGUAGUCUCA